ACCUUCUACAAUAUUUGACAAGCAGUCUACAGACAUAACGUGGGGAAUAUUUAAGACACACGAUGCGGAUAUUACAUUUUCAUGACGGCGGAAAACGGAGAUAGUUGCGUUAAAAAGAAAUUUUGUUCCGUUUAUAUUCUUAAAGGCAUCGUGACGGGGUCUGUCUUCUCUCGUUUUAGUACUUUUGACACAGCUGCAGUUUGAUAUAUUUUAUCGCGAUGUUACGGCUCUUCACUAGCCAGCGGUUUUAUGAACUCUGGAAAUGCAAUUAUUUUGUGUCAUCCUGUGUUGCCAAGAGGCAAAUCACAAGUUUUCUCGCCGUUAGCAGCGCUGGACAUCACCGACUACUCACCCCUGCUCGCCACUUCAAUACCGGGGUCCCGGUGUGGAAAGAUGCCUUCCAGCCAACAAGGGAUAACCCCGAGGAAAAACUAGAUCUAGACAAAUGGAAAUCUGUAAUUAAAGCCCAAGCGGCAACAGAAGAGAGAGUCUGUGAUGAAGAGGAGGCAAGCGAUGAUGAUGAAGACCAGGAACCAGGUGAUGAAUUAAACCACAGUUCUCCACUGGAGGCAACUCGAUUUAUGGUUACAAUGAUGCGGCAUGCUGGUCGGUUUGUACCUCAAGAAAUUACAGAUGAACAGCUUCAGGAGUUGUCAGCGCUCCCCACCAAGGCUUCAAAGAAGAAGUUCCUGAAGUUCCUGGCUAUUAAGGAGAACCUCAAAACGAAACGUAAGGAGAAGCAGCAGAAGAAGGCGGAAGACAAGAACGCCUGGUUGGAGAAGAAAAAAGCUGCUGGAGAUGAGGGCAAAGCCAGAAUGUUCAAAAACAGAAUGUUCCUCCAGUUCUGGUCUCGCAGCCUGGACAAAGUCCUAGCCUGGAGGAGUGCUCAGGCCAUGAUUUUCGGUCAGCCGCUGGUGUUUGACAUGAGUUAUGAGUCCAUCAUGCGCAGGAGGGAAAUGGAGAACGCAGUGGAGCAGAUGAUGGAGACGGAAGCGUGGAAUCGGCGGGCUACUGAGCCCUUCCACCUCCACUACUGCAACCUGCAGGCAGACGGGGCCUACUACAAUGAGUUUCUCAAACGAUACGAUGCAGAGACCUGGGACCGCUUGUUAAUCACCAGCACUGACAAACGGCAUGUGGAUGUGUUCCCCCACGAGCAGCUUGUAUACCUCACCGCCGACUCCCCCAAUGUACUCCACGAAUUUGACCACUCCAAGGUCUACAUCAUUGGAGCUCUCGUGGACAGGUCGAUCCAGAGAGGCGCGUCGAUGGCUAAUGCCAAGCGUCUGAAUCUGGCCACAGCCCGUUUACCCCUGGAUCGGUAUCUCCAGUGGGAGCUGGGAGGAAAAAAUCUGACUCUGGACCAGAUGAUCCGCAUCAUGCUCACAAUCAAGGAGACAGGGAAGUGGGAGGAGGCGUUUAAGUUUGUGCCUACGAGGAAGGUUGGUGGCUUCCACCACGAAAGGACUCCGAAAGAGGGUACCAGGGGAGUUGCAAAUCAUUGGCUGAGACAGUACGGGGACAGGCCAUUUAGAGAAAGAGACAGAAAUAAUGAGUGGACAUUUAAAAAUGAAAGUCUUUACAGGCCCCAAAAAGAGUCUGAGUUCAGUGGUAGAGACAGGAAAACUGGACUGUACACUGACAGAGAAUAAAAACCAGCUGCAACCAAAGUACAAACAUCAUUUAAGAACAUUGUGAAGGGGAGAAAAGGUGCAGGCAAAGGCAAGAUGUGGGAAGAUGAUGUAUAGUAAAUUGGGAUGAUAAGGAUAUGUCUGUUUACAAGUACUGUCUAAGGAAAUGUCAAAAAACGGAAGUGGUGAAUAAACUUAUAUGUAGUCACAGGU